UCCGCGAAUGAUAGUGGGUAGUUCAGAGGAGAGAGUACGGUACGGAGGUGGAGAAAUUAUCAAGAAAGCAGGACACCAGUCCAGGAGGCCGAUAGAUCACUGCAAUUCCUCAGAGAAAUGGGAGAAAACAGCCGGAUGCAGUGAGUCUCGAAAGAAGAGAAGGAUAGAGAGGGAGGGUUACGGAGGACUUGAAAGAUGCUCAGUGGGGAUAAAAGCAAACCAACCCCACCACCUUUCCAACCCCUGGGUCUGGGUCAGUGGUCCAGAUGAGGCCUCCAUAGGAAAGUGCUACGGGGGAAGCAGAAUCUGCUGCUUGGAGCCAGGUUUCUGUGAGCUUAUUACACACAGAGCAGGUAUUCCAGAGCGCACAUGAAAAAGGGAGGGUGGUUUUUUUUGGAGCACGGGGACUGAUAUUAAAUUGAGGGGAUUGCGGCUAUUCCCGGAAGAAAGAGGAUGCCUGGUGUGUGGGUUAAAUAUUGGAGGACCAGGGUUUGGGGAGGUAUCCCCAGAGGUUAGGAGAAGAAGAAGGGUGAGGAAAGUAAGAUGGGAGCAGGAUAUACAUGAGUGCACAUGCCUUCCAGUCCUGGUGUUUGGGUCAGCAGGAGAGUGAAGUAUCAGUAGGAGGUGAUGAGAGCAGUAGUAGGGAAGGGGAGAUGUACAAGUUUUGGGGUGGAGCAGAGGGGUAAAGAAGUGAUUUUAGGAACCCAGGAAAGUAAUAUGAAAAGGAGCAGUGGAGGGGACAUAUUAAAAGGUACACAGAGUGGGACUCAGACUUGUAAGAGAUGUUUCCCAGGGUGUUUGCUUGCAGUCUGUCCAGCAU